AUGUAUGGCAGUGCAACUGAAAGUGAUUCAGAAGCAUCAAAAGGGGGGUAUGAAUUUCAUGUUGAGGAGAUAGAGUCAGGUGAGAAAGAUUCAAAUGCAGAUGAAGAUGAGAGACGUUUAACAAGAACCAUGCAUGAAGGUGAAUCAACUGAUGAUGAGAAAGAAGAGAUGUUGGAGGAUGAAAUAGACGAGGAUGUUGAGGAGAAUGAGAGCAAUACUGAUGAUACAAGCGAUUUUGAGGAUGUAACUCCUGCACCAUCUGGAAGUGAUUACAGUAACUUCUAUGAAGAAGAAGACUGGGAAAGCUACAAUGAGGAUAAUUAA